GUUUAACCCCUGUGUUGAUCCCUUGCAGAUUCCUCAGCCUCGGGGCCCAUGGUGGUGGAGAACGGCGACCACGGGCUGCAGGACCAUCACACAGUAUUCCCAGGAGAAAUCAUGGAUGAGAAGAUGUCCUACAAAGAGUUCCUGGAUCGCAACGACACCUGGUCAGCAGAGGAGAGGGACCUGUGCUUCAAACCCAUGGACAUGGCUGCUCCACAUGGAUCCAUGAUGGGACCUGAACAGCCUUUCCUGGGGUCCCUGUAUUCCCCUGCAGAGGCUCUGGACCCGUCAGCCUUCAUGGGCCUCGAGUCAGGCACAGAAUUCCUGCCAGGAAAAGCAGCCCCUGAAGAAUACUGGAUGGGAGCUCAGCAGGACAUGAAGGGACCAGAUACCUCUUACUUUGUUGAGCCACCAGUGCCCCCUGCAGCCGCAGAAGCCAUAAGGACGAGCCUGCCCGAGAGCCCCACGGCAGCAGCAGCCCCGGGGAGCCUUCCUGCUGCAGCCCCCGAGGGAGCCAAGGCUGCAGCUCCAGGUGCAGCCUCUGUUCCCAGCACCGACGCCGUGUCCCAUCCUGCAGAGAGAGCUGGGGCUGGCCCUGCUGGAGACGCCAAACCUCCCCAGAGCCCUGCAGCAGCAGCAGCAGCAGGCAGCCCUCUCCAGGCCACAGAUGGGGGCUUUGCUCCUGCACCUGAAGCCAGCCCUGCCAAGGGUGUCAAUGACGUGUCCACCCCGGGGACAGAGCUCGGCUUCGCCCCGGCAGCUGGAUCCCACCAUGGGGUGGAUUUGGGGUUUGCUCCAGCAGCAGGUGUAGAGUCCCACCAAGCCAUGGAUUUGGGAUUUGCCCCAGCAGCUGUGGAGUCCCACCAAGCCAUGGAUUUGGGAUUUGCCCCAGCAGCAGGUAUGGAGUCCCACCAAGCCAUGGAUUUGGGGUUUGCCCCAGCAGCAGAUGUGGAGUCCCAUCAGAACAUGGAUUUGGGGUUUGCUCCAGCAGCAGGUGUGGAAUCUCACCAGAACGUGGAUUUGGGAUUUGCUCCAGCAGCAGGUGUGGAAUCUCACCAGAACAUGGAUUUGGGAUUUGCCCCAGCAGCAGGUGUGGAAUCUCACCAGAACAUGGAUUUGGGAUUUGCUCCAGCAGCAGAUGUGGAGUCCCACCAGACCAUGGAUUUGGGGUUUGCCCCGGCAGCAGACACAGAACCUCACCAUACCUUGGAUUUGGGAUUUGCUGCAGCAGCAGAUAACAAAGCUCAGCACGAUCUGGGCUCUGAGUUUGCCCCGGCAGCAGAAGUCAACCAUCACCAUGGCCUGGAUUCUGGGUUUGCUCCUGCAGCUCCAGCCAAGCCUGUCCCUGCUGUGGAUGGUGGGAACGUGGCAGCUCAGCCCAGCAGUGCUGUGUCUGGGGAGCUGCUGACAUCUGAGGCUGCCCUUGAGCAGGACAAGGCUCCUGCAGAAGCAGCAGCAAAGGUGGAGGCGGAAUGCAAAGGCCCAGAAGUUUGUGUGGAUCACUCAGAGGAGAUGAAGGACAGGAAACCUCCGCCGAGCCCUGGGGAGGAGGAAAUUGCUGGGAAAAGCAAGCAGCCCCCGGAGGCAGCAGCUGAAGCAAAAGGAGCACUAGACAAUAAAGACCUUCCAGAAAAAUCUGCUCCUGCUGAGAAUGGUGAGACACAGAAGGAGGAGGCUGAGCACAACCACGUCCAACACGCAGAACCUCAGGAAGGGAAAGCCCUGCAGGAGCCCACAG